AUGGUGCUUGUGCUCAUCAUCGGGGACCUCCACAUUCCUCACCGCAUACACGAUCUCCCAACAAAGUUCAAGAAGCUCCUCGUUCCCGGCAAGAUCCAACAGAUCCUUUGCACCGGCAACAUCUGCGACAAGGAGACCUACGAAUACCUACGAACCAUCUCGCCCGACGUGCACAUCGUAAAGGGCGACUACGACGAGUCCAAUUUCCCGCUGUCGGUCACGGUCGUGCACAACCCUAUCAGGAUUGGCGUCAUUCAUGGGCACCAAAGCAUACCGACGGGGGACCUCGAUUCUCUGAGCUCGUUGGCGAGGCAGAUGGACGUGGACGUACUGGUGUCAGGGCAUACGCAUGUAUUCCAGGCCAUAGAGUACGACAACAAGUUCUUUGUGAACCCAGGCAGCGUGACAGGAGCGUGGACAGGCGCGUUCAAUGGUGAGCCAACGCCGUCGUUCGCACUCAUGGACAUCCAAGGCUCCGUCGUCGUGACAUACGUCUACCAACUCAUCGAGGGUGAAGUACGGGUCGAGAAAAUCGAGUGGAGGAAGGAGGUCGAAACUGCGCCGCCCCCGAGGAGCAAUGUCCUCCCACAGAACAUUCCUAGUCCAACCGUGCCCGGCAGCCCGCCUGGCGGUGCAGUGUGGUGA